CUUCGCUCUCCUCCACUAUCACUCGCCUCAGGGCCGCUCCCGCACUUCUUACGCCGGACCGCUUCGGAUCGUGCUUCUGUCAUCAGCCUUACGUGCAGACCGGCUACGCCCUCCAGCCGCCAGCAGCUGCCAGCGCUCUCCGCAGCCCCAAGCUCAUCUCUUUGCGGCUCUCGCGCCUUCGUGCGCUCGUUUCUCCCACUACCAUCAUCGCUGCACGCAAGCUCUCCAGCGAGCGGCCCGGUCUGGAGUGCUAGUCUUGAUCCUUGAACCCAAGCCUGCACAUACCGCCAAACUGCAUCAUGCAACGCGCAGCAGCCAAGGGCCCUGGCAUCGGCAACAUCAUCCCUCGCACAGGGCCGUACCCCUUGCUGCCGUGUCUCCCUUCCCCGCUCACCGCCGCGGCAGCGUCUGCGCCGGCCUUGCCGCCGCCGCGCCGCUGCGGCGAGUGGACGCUGUCGACGCACCUCUUCGCCGCUGCCUUUCCGCGCUCGCACCCCGCCUGCCUGGCAGCAACUGGCCGGCCCCUGCCUCACCGCCAGGUCGUCGAGGACGAGCGCGCCCAGCGUGCCCUUGACUUUGCCGAGUGGGACGAGGCCUGCUCGCAAUGGCAUGUCAGCGAGUUCGUGCCGCCCGCCUCUCAGGAAGCGGCCGGCGAGCGCGCAGCGCAGCUCGCAAAAGGCCAGACGAACUCGGCGCUGUGGGGCGUCGUGCAGAGGUGGAAGCGCGAUGUGACGCCGCAGGAUGGCGUGGUCGUAGUCUGCUCACACGCCAACGGCUUCCACAAAGAGAUCUUCGAGCCCACGCUCGCCGCGCUGGCGGAGGUGUCGACCGUGCCCAUCGCCGAGAUGUGGUCGAUGGACUGCUGCGACUCCGGCUUCGCGGGCGUGCUCAACGCGCCACGCCUGGGCAUGGCCAGCUCGUGGGACGACCACGCUCGAGACAUCAACACGCUCAUCCGCCAUCUGCCGCAACCCGGCGCUGAGGCGCCUGCCUUCCUGCAAGCGCCGUCGUCUACCGCCAAGUCGCAUCGUCUCGUUGGCGUCGGCCAUAGCUUCAGCGGAGCAGGCUUCCUGCGUGCUGGCACUGCUUACUCAGACCUGCUGGACGGCAUCGUGCUGGUCGACGCCGUGAUCCCGGCGCCUGAGAUUGCUGCCAAGCUCCUCUCUCCAUCUCAGACUGAGAUGGCGCGUGCAGCGAUUGCGCGCAAGGACGUGUUCGCUUCACGCGAGGCAGCGACAGAGUAUCUCAAGUCCAAGCCGUACUUCCAGGCGUGGGACCCGCGCAUCCUCGAGCUGCACGUCCAGCACAACCUGGUGCCGCUGCCGUCCUCGCCGAACGGGACCGAGGUCACGCUCGCCAUGUCCAAGUUCCGCGAGGCCGCAGCGUUUGCCAACUCCUGGAGCGGCGCCAUCGGGCGUGCCGCGGGGCGCGAGCGCAAGCACGCGACCAAGAUCCACACCGUCGUCAUGACGGAGAGCAACCUCGGCAACGCUGAGCAGCGAGAGAUCCAGCUGCGCGAGAUCGCGAGCUGGGGCGCAGGACACAGCGCCGCCGAGCUGAAGGCCGGUCACCUCAUCGCGCAAGAGCACCCUGAGAUGCUUGCUAAGCAUCUGGCCGAGGUGCUGCAACGGUGGUACGGCGCAUCCUCUGCCAGCCCGCGCGAGGCGCGCAUGUGAUGCAUGGCGACACAAUGGACGAGAGUGACGGAAGCAGGUGUCGAUUAGCGUCGCAGUGCAGGCGGAACGUAUGUGGCAGACA